GCUCGAUGCCCUACUAGAGUGCGGCAUAUCAGGUAUAAAACGUUUAUCUAUCGCAAAAGCUAUUAUUGUAUAAAGAAAUAAGAACAGGUGAACACCUGACGUUUUAUCAACGUGCAUGCAAGCUAUGUCACAACAUAGCAUCGCUGAGCGGAUGCCACUUCCCGCAGAUAAUUAUUCCCCGACAAGAAAAACGGAAGGCACCGUCGCGAACUGCCGACCACCAUGGCUGAAUAUAAGAAAAGCCAGAGUGCACAUUACAAACAGACUUGGAAUGAAAUCCUUCAGAAACAGGUAUGGUUAUAACACUGCCAACACCAUAAUGAAGAAGAAACAAACACUUAAACAAGAUAAAGAAGUCGCGAAAGAGGCUCCACUCAAUCCUGCUCCAGCAAAGAACACCUUCUCACGAGAAAUGUUCCAGCGUUUCCACAGACCUAAAACAAGGGAGAGGUACACUAUUGCAGAACAACGUUAUUGGUAUCAAAACGGAGAACGCGGGAAAAUACUCCUGACAACUAAACAAUAUCCAUAUUUAUUACGUAAUACGAGCUGCCCCCAUGGUAUCAAGCAGCGACUGGGUCAGUAUUGUGACGUGUUGGGUCCCACGUCAUGUCACGCCUGUACAGAGGUGUUGAAUCGAAAGAUGAUGGAUGAAUAUCACAGAGCCGCAUUCCCGUCCAUUAAAGUAACAACCGUUAGUCUGGUUGCCCCGGUGCUGGCUCGUAAAUUACUUGCACCGCCGCCAUCCUAUUUGAGCGAUAUCGUGAAUCCCCGUGUCAAUGUCAAUAAUCUGCCGCGUCGGUCGCCACUGCCACCUAUAGAAGGCAGUACUCACAAUAAAAUGCAAAGAGACAAUGCGAACGUGGACAAUAGUAGCGGAUGA